AUGCAGACAGGUGGUGGGGACUUUCCUCGUGGGGGCACGAACCUCAUCAGUUGUACCGAACACUUAGCUUCCAACAAGCGCCGUUCAGCCUCAAGGUUGGAGACUGAACCACUGCCAAAACGGCAGAUGACGAUCUCCUACCCUGUCUCUUCACUAGCGGAGUCACUUUUCAGCCCUACGUUUUUGGAAAUCAUAUCGAAAUCCUAUUUCUCCAAAAUACACGCAUGGAUUCCGUGUGUGCAUCAAUCCAGGUUUGAGGGCCGGCUGAAAGACCCUACUGAAAGCCCUAAACUUCGAGCCUUGGUCAAUGCUAUGGUCUCAUCCACAGUGAAAUAUCUCUCUGCUAGUGAGCUUGGGAUGAAGCCAGAUGAGCUUUCGGAUUUAGAGACGAGAGCACGAACCAUGGCAGUCCAGCACGCUAUGGAAUCUCUUUCAGUAGAGAAUCUGCAGGCGCUGAUUAUUCUCACAUUUGAUCAAAUUGGAAAUGGGCAGCUUUCAAAGUCUUGGCCGAUAAUUGGAUCAUGUACUCGCACGGUGGAGUAUCUUCAGCUCAACGUCGAGUCGGAUGAGAUUUCUAAUCAGGCGCUUUUCAAACCACUCAUGGUUCUAGAUCACCCCAAUGGCUGGGCAGAAUCUGAAGAGCGUCGUCGGGUAUUUUGGAAUGUUUUUUUACUCGACAGGUUUUGUGCACUUUCGACAAGAUGGAGUACAAGUCUGACCUCAAGCAAUGUGUGCCGCCGGCUACCCUCCGAUGGAAACAUUUGGGCAAAAGGAGAGAAAGCCACAACUCCGCAUUUUGGUGUCUGGGAUCGAUCUGUCGCCAACAUUGACAACUCUAUUGCACAUAUUCCAAUUCAACGUUCUGAUCCGGCACAAUCUACUCCGAAAGGAAACGUGCAAGUGGGAAUUGACCCGGCAAACGUAGGGGCAUUUGCCUAUCGUAUUGAGGCAACCGAAUCUCUCUUCCAGGUCUGCUCGUUUUUCCUGCAACAAUCUGUGAACUUUCGCAGUCGGGAGGAAGUGGGGAAUUGGUUGACCAGGUUCAAAGAGUUGGAUCUCCGCUUGGUGCACUGGAAAACCUUUUUGCCUCCAAAAUGGAAAGAUUCAAACGUCUCUGUAGAUGGAAGUACAGUGAAAAUGGAUCCUAAUCUCACAGUUGCCCACUUGACUCACAACACAUCGAUGAUACUCCUGCACCAAUACGUGGCGUACCCACCUCCGAAUUUAAAUCAGAUGGUGAAGCUGCCUAGUUCUUGCAGUGCUGAAACUUGUGAACUUGCUGCGAUUGAGUCCGCAUCAAUUGUGGAAAAGUAUCUCAAGUACACUCCCUCAAAAGUUGUCCCGGGGCAACUAGGAUUCUGCGUUUUUGUUGCCGCUAGAACCUUACUAGUUCACUGGAGGGUAUACGGCGACAGUCUUGCUUCUGAGUUUGAUUUAUUACUUCAGAGCUUGCAGUUGAUGUCAAGGGGCUGGCAAGGAGAGCGAUAUGCUUCACAUAAUCCCCCAACAGACUUGUGGCACAACUAUUACUCUCUCCUACUUUCCAUGAAGGCGAGAUUUGAGGAGGAUGCGUCUUUUCUUCCACAUAUCUUGCUUAAUCAGGACAUGUAUAACAUCCCGGAUUUGAUUUUGCUACAAGGCCGGUGUGAAAUGAUCCGGAAUACGAACCCGGUCGAGGCCGCCAGUGCACAUCUUGUACAAGACCCCGAUCAACUGAACUAUUUCGAUCCUCAAGCUGGCCAUGAGCCAUCCGACAAACGCACGGAAUGCAUUGAUCUUGCAGAGGACAACUCUCCAAGCUUCCGAUACGACGAAGCCUUUGGCGACUGCUUUGAUGAUGAACUGGCAGCCAUGACUAGCUCUCUCCUUCAAAAACAGUUUCUGGAGUUAGAUCGUGUUAUUACGCUGGAAGGGACGGAUUUCACUUCAGAUAAAUUUGUUCAAUAG